CCAAGGCCGGCUAGGUGGCCGCCUUCUCGGAGCACAGAGACCGCUGCCACACUGCCCUCCAUCAGAACAUCAGAAGCCCCCAGGGCCCCCUGGGCUGGUGCAAAACUCCAUCCGUGGAAAGAAAGCCCGGGGUGAAUGGCGGUGCCCUGGGAGGAAUAUUUCCGACUGGCCUUGCAAGAGAAACUGCCUGCCUCCUCCAGGAAGAUCCCGGGGCAAAGUGUGGAUCACUUCCCGCCGGUGCUGCGUCUCCUGGAGAAGAGGCAGGAGCUGGUGGACGCGGACCGAGGCCUGCAGGCCCAGAAGGAGGUGUUCCAGACCACGAGAGCAGCGCUGAAAGAGCGCUGGGAACAGUUGGAACAGAAGGAGCAGGAGCUAAAGGGGUCCUUUGUCCGCUUUGACAAGUUCUUGAAGGACACCGAGGCCCGGCGCACCCGCGCCCUGCGGAGGGCGGCCCAGGAGCGGCUCCAGGCGGACCGCCGGGAGGCGGAGGCCCUACGGCUUCGGGCCCAGUUCGAGGAGCUGCAGCGGGAGCGCGCGCGGCUGCGGUGCCGGCUGGAGCGCCUGGAGCCCUGCGCGCGCCUGCUGGGGCGAGUGCUGGAGCAGCUGCCGGAGUUCCAAGAGGUCCCCGAGCUGGUGGCGCGCUUCGACGGCCUGGUCGAUAUGCAGGCGGCGCUGAGGCUCACGGAGCGCCAGCGGCUGGCCGAGCUGGAGGAGGCGCGCGCUCGGCUGCAGCGGCUGCGGGACGCGGGGCAGGGCGAGCUGCUCGGGCAGGGCCGGCGGCGAGCGCAGCUGUUGCAGCGCCUGGAGGCCGCGAGGGAGCGCACGCUGCGCUGGGAAUCCAAGUGGAUUCAGAUCCAGAACACGGGGGCAGAGAAGACCCUUCUCCUGGGACGCACUAGGAUAGCAGCGCUCAACCUGUUCCAGCUAGUGUGCCGGCACAAGACGCACCCGCCUGCCCUGGACAUCGAGGACACUGAGGGGCAGCUGGAGCAGGUGAGCUCCCUCCUUACGUGCCCUCCAACCCCCAGAUUCAGAACUUCACAGUGCCUGAAGUCUCCGGGUUCAGUAUGACCCUCUGUGAUCAGGGCACACACUUCCAGCCCCCCCCCCCGGGGUGGGGUGGGGGGGACGUGGGCUCUGUGGCCACCUGGGAACCCUGCCUAGGCGGCUAGAUUGGUCUUGGCUCGGCGGGGCAUCUGCUCUGUGGCCAGAAGCAAGCCGCCAGGCCCCCUCUCUGGGUCCCAGGCCUCUCACUUGCGCCCAAGGGCCGAGGUGUGUGACGAUAUUGUACUUUAGGCCAAGAGUCUGUCUUUCGUCCCAGGCUCAGACAGCAUUAACAAGUGUGACGUCAAUAAGAAACCAGGUUGAGACUCACCCUUGCUCCUGUCAGGGACAGGCCUCUGCUUCCCCAGGGAGAGGGAGGGCGGGGCCGUGCCCUCGUCUUUCUGCACAAGGGCACCAGCAAUGGCACUGUGGCCCAAGUCGUUCAGGUUUGCAAGGUUGCAGAAUAUGUGACAUGGUUUACAGAGGGAGGGGGUUUCGGACCCCUCUGUUGUUCCUAAUGGGGACCCAGAGCAUGGUUCCUUUAAGCGGAAGAAACACAAAAGGAGGCACCCCAGCCCCUGCCACUCCUGUCCUGCGCCCAGCACCCUCGACCCCAACCAAACGCCAGGAACUGGGGCCCCGGGAGCCUACCUUUGUUCCACACCCGGAGAGGGAUGGAUGUCUCCGCUUCUCCCAAGUCUGGCCCAGCACCCUGCGGUGCACGACUCCAGAAGGGACAGAGGCUCAGUUAUGACGUAGCAGGCAAAUGCCCGUCCCUUUUCAACCAACCCCGAUUCUACCAAAGAGAAAGGCUCAUUGUGGGGCGACUCUACCUUUAACCCCUGUAGUGCUCUCUGGUCUCUGGGCCUGGGCCUCACACCCCGUGGAGGCGACAGCGGCCGACCAGAAUGCAGAGACUGGGUUUUGUGUUCAUUGUAGCAUUUUUCCAGUUGUCCUCCACUUACGACAAGGGGUAACCUAACUCUCUCCUAUUUUUGUUAGAAAUAUAGUUUCCCUCUCAGUGACAAAUGCUAAGGGAGAACCCAAAGAUAAGUUCAUUCAAGCUCUAGCUCUUUGGCAGUGGACCCAUGGGCGUUCAUGAAGUUCGUAUCAAUAAGUUUAAUUAGGACAAAAUCUGGGAGUGUUUGGAGAGGAGAGCAGACCAGACACCGGUGAAUAUGCCCGAUCUGUUUAAAAGGGGGGAAACGAAUCGUUGCAAAUAAAAAUACUUUUAAUUGUAACGCAA